AUGCACAUUUCCAUCACAAUCGUCUCGGUAGUACUACUGCUCACUUCCCAUGGCGCUUGCGCUCCAGUUGAGGCACCAGAACAACUUCAGCUACCUCGGCUACAACUCCAGUCCGAGAUCAACAACCGGGUUGACGUUGACAGUUUUAGCCCCGCAUACGAUGACGAGGAUGAGGCACCCCUAAGAAUUCCAUCUCGUUACGAGUCCACCGUCCUCGGUCGACGCCUCCUCGGCCUUUCGAAAACAGGAGUCCUGACAACAGUCUUCCCAGAGAAUACAACAUCGUCUCGCGUCCCUGCAGAUGUCGCCAACACCCCAAUUGGGCUCCCGGAUUAUAUUGCAUCGUGUGAAGAGCCAAGCGGCAAUCCAACCUUACUGGCACUCACUGUGUCAACCUCAACCAAGAACGCUGUAGCGGGGUCCAAUGUGUCGCUUUCGCUGUCGUGGUGGGAUGAGUACGUGCACCUCACACACACGCAACCCUGGUCAGCUGCGAAUCUGCCUCGAUUAAGUAUGAUAGGAUAUCUUGAAGAGAUGUCUGCAGAGGAAGUCGAGAGUCAGGGGAUUCCAAGUUGCUUUACCAAAAUUCAUGGUGACAGUGUGAUGUGGUUGCCAGGCAGGAAAUGGGCAGCGCAUAAAGGCCUUUGGAUGAGGAUGGUAGUGAGGGAGGUUUAUUGGAUCGGUGGAUUCGGUGACAGGAAUUAUAUAGGUUGGUUCGACAGGGACGAAUGGAGAGGUGUUAAGGAGGAAGAGUGGGCCAAUGUGCGACUGCCAGGAGAGAAAGCGUAG